GCAGCGGCCGCAGGAAAGAGAAAGUGAAAUCGUCCUUGCGCUGCUCUUUCGCUUUCGUCCUGCCUGCUCCAGCACCUUCUCCGGGGACACAGACUGUGCCUGCCCCCCGUGGGCGCUUCACCCCGCGCCCGCCUGGCUGCGCUCCUGGGCCCGCUCCCGCGGGGAUCGGCCAGCGCGCAGGGCAGGGCCUGGGGAGCCAGCGGCGCAGCGCAGCCCUCGGGCCGCCGGCAGACGCCGGGUGAUCGCGGGGGGAGCCGGGCUCGGCGCUGAAGGUUCCAGGCCGGGCGCGUUGGGGUCCCGCGGAGAGCCCCGUGCGCAGCGCACUGGCGGGGAGGGGCGCGGGGCGCCGGGGCUAGGCAGGGUCCGGCUGGCCAGGGCAGCGCACAUGGCGGAGACCGGGAACCACAUGCGGCUCAAGGAAUGGCUCAUCGCCCAGAUCGACAGCGGCAGGUACCCGGGGCUGCGCUGGGAGAACCGCGAGAAAACCAUCUUCCGCAUCCCCUGGAAACACGCCGCCAAGCAGGACUAUCGGCAGCAGCAGGACGCGGCGCUCUUCAAGGCCUGGGCUGUCUACAAAGGGAAAUACCAGGAAGGAACAAAGGCAGACCCCUCCACCUGGAAAACCCGCCUCCGGUGCGCCUUGAACAAAAGCACCGAUUUUCAGGAGGUCCCCGAAAGAAGCCAGCUGGACAUCUCCGAGCCGUACAAAGUGUACCAGAUCCUGUCGGAUGGAGCCAGAGACCCCGAGAAGGAAGGCAGCCUGGAGUCCCCUCCCCCAGAAGAACAGCAGGCGAGCCAACCCCCAGCCCCCGGGGACCCGGAGAGAGGAGUUAACUGCGGGCCAGACAAGGCUAGCGUGUCCUCGGGUUUGGAAGAGGAUGGGAAGAAGGAUCUGAUGGAGACCUCCCAGACUUCUCCAGUCCCUCUGGUCUCCCACUUACCAAGUCAUCCGGCAGACUGGGGGUAUCAGGUGAAAGGGGUUUUCUGUGGCUGGAGCCCAACACACGCUCGCUUUCUGCAGAGCCCACAGCUGGGUGAUCCCAGCUCCAAUCACGUCCCCACUGCAGACAUCAACAACUCAGACUGCUGGCUGCACGUCCGCCUCUACUACCGCGACGUGCUGGUGAAGGAGUUCACCACCCGCACCGCCGAGGGCUGCCGCAUCACCUACCGCCUGGUGCCGGCUGACAACGAGCGGCUCUACGGCCCGUCCUCCAUGGAGCAGAUCCAGUUCCCCUCCCCCCGCCUGCUGACCAGCGACAGCAGGAUGGCAGGCGUGACGGGCGUCUUGGAACGGCUUCUUCCCCACCUGGACCGGGGCGUCCUCCUGUGGGUGGCCCCCGAAGGCGUCUUCAUGAAGCGGCAGUGCCAGGGCAGGGUGUACUGGAACGGGCCCAUGGCGCCGCACAACGACCGACCCAACAAGCUGGAGAGAGAGAAAACCUACAAGCUCCUGGACACCCAGCAGUUCCUGCAGCAACUACGGAGCUACCUGAGUCGUGGGGAGCCAGCGCCCCAGUAUCAGAUCCGCCUGUGCUUCGGAGAGGAGUAUCCCCCCACCCCAAGCCAGAACUUUCAGAAGCUCAUCAUGGCCCACGUUGAGCCAGUGUUUGCACGAGAACUCUUCCUUCAUGCCCAGCGCAUGGGGCCACUGGCACAGCGCGACUCCUCCCAGCCAUACGCCACUGAUGCUUCCAGCCACAUCACCCAGAUCCUGAAGCAGCUGUGCCAGCCCUGAGCUCCUGGUAGAGGAAGAUGGAGCCAGCAAGGUGCCUCGACCCCACUCACCCUCGAGCUUGUGUAUCAUGGAAAAGAUGGUGCCCUCCUCGCACACACCCCACUAGCCCUGUCUCUGGAGGCCCUGUAACCCGGGAGCAGCAUGCCGCUGCACAUAACGACUAGAGCCCUGGAAUCGGCCCUGUAGAUCUAUUUGCAUUAGCCCCUCUCUGGGGGGAGCAUGCGCUUUAUCCGCAGCUCAGGCAUGGGGACUUCAUCCCAGACUAACCCGUGGCAGGAUAGCUGGGACGUGGCUCUACCGGAGUACGACACGGGAGCUGGGACAUGGCGGGUUACGUUGAUACAGAAGAAGUGUUGAUUUUUG